AGCUGAUAUAAACUGCAUCAUCAGCAGACCAAAGGCAAUCGUAUUUUUUCGUUGUAUUUAAAUGAAAUACCUUGCAAUAAAUUUAGUUUGUACAACGUAGUCAUUAGAAUAAAAGAAUAAAGUUGCUGAGACUAUUAAAUUUUGCUAAUAGUUAAAACACAUGGAUUGUUAUACUCAGAGUGGAAAAGUUAACAAUAAAAUAUUUACAUAAGCUAUUCUAAUAUUGCAGCAUUCAAAGUGCAUUAAAAUUAAGUAAUAACAUAUUAGCACUUUUAAUAAAAUAAAUCAAAUUGAAUAACAUAACGAUGGGCAUUCCCGAUAUUCGAAUGCUCAUUUCAGUGGAGUUUGAGGUGUUUGGCCACGUUCAAGGUUGUUACUUCACCAAAUAUACGAGAGACCUUUGCGGCAAAGCUGGGAUCAGAGGGUGGGUUAAAAACUCUAAGCAAGGAACUAUUAUAGGAAAAAUGCAAGGACCGAAAGAAGAAAUCGACAAGAUGAUAAGCUGGCUAUCUAAGGAAGGUUCACCCGGCUGCCAAAUUGACAAGUGUAUAUUAAAAAAUUCUACAACUCUCAAUCGGUUGGACUAUAAGGAUUUUGCAAUUAGAUUUUGAUGUAUUGAAACUCUUGUCAUAAACUUCUUCACCGUUUGAAA